AUGAUCCAGGCCUUGCAAGUUCCUUCUCGGGGCAGCUGUCGGGAAAGCAGCGCAGCAGGUGAAGCUCCUGGGGCAUGCAGUCGGGAGCGUUCUUGCAAAGAAAAACGGAGCUCUCUACAGUCCCCUUGCCCCACGGCCGCCAUCGUGGACACCAGCCGCAUGCAGCCUAUCAAAUUAGCCCGGGUCACCAAGGUGCUGGGAAGGACCAGCUCGCAGGGACAGUGCACGCAGGUGUGCGUGGAAUUCAUGGAUGACACAAGCCGCUCCAUCAGCCGCAACAUGAAAGGCCCGGUCCGCGAGGGGGCUGUGCUGAGCCUGCUGGAGUCGGAGCGAGAGGCCCGGCGGCUGCGCUGAGCCCGGUCCUGGA